CGGAUCUCGCUGGAUGUUUAAAGGCGCGUAAACGUGCCGGGCACAGACUGAGGCGCUAAGAGAGGAAGCUGGAGGAGUCUAAAUGAUGUUGAAGCCUCCAGACUGAUGGAGCGCACAUGUGAGGCUGAGUGGAAUGGAGAUCAUGAACAGGAGAGCAGAUAGGUGACCGAAAGCAGGAGAAUGAAACGGGUCAGCUGAGCCGCUGUUUUCCAGUUUAGAUGGAAGGUGUUUACCAGACUGACUGGGGAGAUGUUUGCCGUCACAGAAUGUGUUUUCAUGAGGCUUAGAGAUCGAGACUGCCGUUGAUCCUCCGUGGGUGUCCAGUGGGAUAAAGAAAAGACAAAAGUAAUGUCUUCUGAAAUAUUCUGUCCUACUUUUGGAGGCUCGGGCGCGUAAAAACUGAACCGCAGCCGAGCGCGCAGCCAUGCGCACCCUUUCCGGCUGCGCCUAGUCUGACCUUCGUGCGUUAUGCUGAAUGGACCCACUUUCCGCCGCUACGACCCGAUGCGACUGGUCGAUCCAAGGCACCUCCCGCAACUGAUGUCCCUGGAGGACCAUGAGCCCACCAUGGCGGGAGGGACACUGGAGCCGCGCAAUUCCACGGCAGUGGCGGGCGAGGAGGGUGCCCCGGGUCAGCAGCAGCACUCCUUCCCGUGGGUGGCCACCGUGCUGGCCGGCGUCCUCAUCACGACCAUCGUGGUGGAUGUUAUCGGGAACCUGCUUGUGAUCGUGUCGGUGUUCAGGAACAGAAAACUCAGGAAAGCAGGAAAUGCCUUUGUGGUUAGCCUGGCCUUUGCUGACUUGGUGGUGGCCAUCUAUCCGUACCCACUGGUCCUGACAGCCAUCUUCCAUAAUGGCUGGAUUGCAGGUUACAUCCACUGUCAGAUCAGCGGCUUCCUCAUGGGCCUCAGUGUCAUCGGCUCCAUCUUCAACAUAACUGCCAUCGCAAUCAAUCGAUACUGUUACAUCUGCCACAACCUUAAGUACGACAAAGUUUUCUCCAGCAGCAACACUAUGUGCUAUGUUAUGCUUGUCUGGACGCUCACAAUCCUAGCCAUCGUGCCCAAUUGGUUUGUGGAGUCGCUGCAGUACGACCCGCGGGUGUACUCCUGCACCUUCGCGCAGUCGGUUAGCUCGCUGUACACCAUCACAGUGGUUGUGGUUCACUUCAUUCUGCCCAUGAGCAUUGUCACCUAUUGCUACCUGCGCAUCUGGAUUCUGGUAAUCCAGGUCAGACGGAGGGUAAAGCCGGACUCACGGCCCAAAAUCAAACCCCACGACCUUCGCAACUUUCUCACCAUGUUCGUGGUGUUUGUGCUAUUCGCCGUAUGCUGGGCGCCGCUGAACCUGAUUGGCCUGGUGGUGGCGCUGGAUUCCAGGCUGAGCCGAGCCAUCCCAGAGUGGCUGUUCACAGCCAGCUACUUCAUGGCAUACUUCAACAGCUGCCUCAAUGCCGUCAUCUACGGCGUCCUGAACCACAACUUCAGAAAGGAGUACAAGAGGAUCGUCUUGAUUAUCUUCAAGUUUCACUGCUGAGAUAAAAUGCCCAGAGCUAGAAGUGUUUUUUAACACUCAAGAAACAAUUAUUAAAAAGCCAUGAGCAAAAGAAAUAAAAUAUUACAAGAAAAUGGGACUAAUACAAACAACACUGUGAAAGGAAGAAGCAGGAACAUGUAGUAUAAGAGAAAAAUAGCUCUAGGUGAAGAGGAGGACAAAGAAGAAGUAAAAUAAAUGACGCCAUACUGAGAGUUAUCAGUGCUGCCUUCAGGGAAACAGAGAUUUUAAAAUGUAGCGAGUCAAACUGAGACCAGAAAUUGAAAGCAACUCUUAGUAAUUUGUUUACUCAUGAUUGUCUUUGGUAAAAGGGUCAUUACUCGCUGAAUUUUGAAAGUUAUUGGCUGCACAAAUUUUAACCAGCAUCACAAUUCAUUUAAAUGUUGGAACAUCCAAAUAUUAUGUCCAUCCUCCUCUGUGUGAUUAAUUUUAUCACAGAACAUGCUGCUGAGUUUCUCAGAAACUGUGAGCUUGUGUGAAUGAUUUUUUGAACGGUAAAAGGUGGUAAAAAAAUAAAUAAAUAAAAUCUGCAAAAUUGGUGCUUCUGGUGGGAAAAAAAGAAAAAGCAUGAAAUAUUCAAGAUUAAAUUUUCUUGUUAUCAUUUGUGUUGAUUUCCAAAUAAAAUUAUUUUUGGGUGAAGAAAGAAAGCAAGAAAAAGACAAGACUUGAAAGGACUUUGAUUUGAAAUGUUUUACUAACUUUCUUUUGCAGAAAAACCUAUUUAAAAAAAGGAAUUUUUUUAUACAGUUUUAUAUUUUAUAAAGCAGAACAACAGAGCUGUGUCUCAUUAAUUUAACUCAAGAUUUGAAUUAUUUCAGAUAUCGAUUUCCACUACUUUACAGUGACGUAAACACACAGGUGCCUGUUUUAAUAUUGGCUUUUAAACACUGAAAUAUAGUCUUCAUGUGAUCAUGCUAAAGAAAAUCGACUUCAAUGUAAAACACAAACUCUGCUAGUAGUUAAGGCCUUUUCUCAGUGGAAAAUGUCCAAAAGAACCUCAAAUUGAGGUGAUUUAGGUGACAUACAGUUGUUCUGUAUGAAAUACCCAAACCAUUCUAACUGGCUUCUUUAAGUGCAGAGCAGCAAUUCUUAAACAACAUGUGAAAUGAUCAGAUCUUAAACAACUACUUAUUGGACAGAGAGGUUGUUUGUAAGGGACGUGACACCACUGCAAAACAUAAAAAGCUAACGAACAAAUAACUUUUACAUUCAAGGGACUAUGCAUCAAAAAGCUAAGCAAUUUAGAAGAGUAAUCUUAAAUAACUCAGCUCACUUCAGUAGCUGAACUAUAUGCAAAUGUCCAAUUUUCUAACCCAGGAUUACUGGAUAAAGUAUGGACUGCAUUGGUUGUAACACUUGUCCCUUUGCUAAGAGGUAGUUUAGGUGCUAUUCCACAUAAAUUUGUACAAUUUUGUCUGUAAUUUUAGUAUUUGUAUUUGGGGAUAUAGCAAGAAAAAAAGCUGACCAAUUUAUUUGCCUUUUGAUUGACUUUAAAUAUAGCAAAUAUAAUCUUACUAGUUUUCUUAAAUAUAAGCCAAAUAUUAGAAUAACCUUCCUGCAGUGUUGGCUUUAUAAUUUAUCUGAAUAAAUUUGAGGUUCUGAUUUAUUUACCUUGCAAAUAUGCAAUGCUAAGGAGCGGGUUACAGCUUUAUCUGGAUAUUUUUGUCAUCUGAGUAUUACUUUACCCCCACUGUGUGAUAGUUAGCAGUGACACAAAAUGUUUAAUAACAUUUUAAACAUAUGUUCAAUAAGUUAAUGAACAUGCAACUGCUGACUGUAUCACUGUAAGAUCUUUUAAUAGUCUAAUUGUUGCUGCUAACCUUUUGGAUGGUUUAAUGUCCCACCAGAGUUUGAAAGUAAAAGCCAUCAAACUUGAUGUCAUGUAAACCUGGCCUGGAACUGCAGCUUUGCCGAAACUCUUAUUUCAUGAACAUUUUUAAUGAAGGAAUGUCCCUCUUUCUGCUUUUUGCCUUGCAUCUCAGUUAUUGGAGGAUUCUCAGAUUGUUUUUCUGAGGUGCCUGGAUCUCUCAGCUUACAACACAUCACCCUCAUAACACAGCUAGAACCAAUGCGCUCAAAGCAACACAUCAGUCAGGGUUCAGUAACCCUGUAAACAAUCCUUUGUGUGUGUUACCCAAUGCCUCCAUCUAAGAGGUUGUUAUGCCAUACAGCACAGAAAUAUGAAAUUAUUGGUAAAGGUUCCUCUUACUCCUGUUGGUAAAUGCCAGUUUGCAGUAAAUUUUUUAGAAAACUGAAUAAACUCUCAGAGCGGUUCAUGACAAAGAGGACGUCAGAAGUCCCAACAGCUGGUUUAAGCAGAUAAAACUGCAAAUUUUAAUAUACAUACUAUAAUAACAGAUAUUAACCAUCUAUGUUUCUGUAAAGUUUGUUACAAGAGCAAACUUUACAACAAAACACCUGUCAUGCUGUUUUCUCAGCAUAACAGGUACCCAGCUGUGUCAGUCCAGUUGAUGAGCUGACACAGCUGUCUGUGAAAUUUCCAAAGAGUUAUGAGAUAAUGAAAAGCACAGCAAUUUACCUACGUUUAUGUGAUUAAAACUAUAACAGCCUGUUGCAAAAUUAAAAAGCUUACAUCUGUUUUGAUGGUCUUAGAGCAGACUGGCAGGUUGCUGCUGAUGAAGAUGAUUGAUGCAGCAGGUACUUUCAACCACUAUGAUUUUAGAGGUUGAAAGACCACUAAUGUCCAAACAUGGACAUUGUUUGACUUAAAUGGCCUCUUCGCCUCCCGAAAACAUAAUGCCUGUGUGCUGGAACAAAACACUGCAGUUUAAACACUUUUAAACUGCAGUGUUUAAAAUACUUACAUUCUACUAAAUCUAAAAUUAUUCCGUCAUAGUAAGGCCCAGUAUACUGUACUUAUUGAGCUCUUGGUAAUAAUUAAAUGUUAAGUGUUACACUGAUAACAGAUUUCUUGCACAGCAUGCCAUGCCCUUAUGUGAAGAUUUGCUUGAAAACUAAUAUGGUAAUGCAAAUAAGGAAAGUGCAACAAGAGAUUUGCCUCUAAAAUCAACUCCUGUUGUCAUUAGUUUGACCUUGCAAUAUUGUUUUGACUUAUAUUCUACUGCUAUUGUUUCAUUGUGGCUCAGUGUCUUUACUUAAGUCUGACAGAUGGAUUAAUGACAGACUCAGUAUCUUAUUUUUUACUAAUUUCGUAGAUAGAAAAAGAUUGCCUCAUUCACUUCAAGUAUGCCGGACUUUGACUAGAUUUUUGAUUAGAACUUAUACUGAUAAACUGAAGGGAUUGGAUAUUUGCCUCCUUCUACUUAGAACAAGACCAAGUACAGUGGAAAGAAGUGUCAAAGUCCACCACUUACAUAAUCUGAGAUACAGUACAGACCAAAAGUUUCUCUUUCUGCCAAUCUGAAGCAAUAGAGAGAAAUUUCAACAAUUCCACACUUAUUUAAAUAAACAAUUUAUGUUUUGCAUAAACACUUGUGUAAUCAGGUUCGACAUCAGAUCCUCCCAGCAGCAAGAAUACUUAUUAAAUAUGGUUCUGAAACAUUCAUUAAUUUGCUAACACCCUUGACCCUAGUGGGGUGGGGAGGGGUGCUGGAGCUCAUCUCCAGCGAACGUUUCGGGCGAGAGGCGGGGUACACUCUGGACAGGUCGCCAGUCUGUCACAGGAGGUUCUGAAACAUGCUAAAUAAAAAACCAAAAACAGAUAAAAAUGAGGAAUAAAGCCGUGAUUGUUCUGGAUGGUAUUCUGACCACAUCACUGUGUUUCUAACACCCAUAGAAAGUUUAAGUUUUGCAUGUAUGACUAUAAGGGGUGUUGCUGCUGAUAAUCUGACUGCUCAAUUCCAAUUUUAAUGAGUUCCCUUUCUGUGCAUUUGUGUGUGUGUGCGUGUGCGUGUGUGUGUGUGUGUGUGUGUGUGCAUCCGGCUGCUCUGGGACCAGUUCCUCCCCAACUUAAAGGUCCACUAAGGACGUCUAAAUUGGCUACAGGGUAAUCAGUUGGAAGGGGACUUUGUUUUGUCUGUGCCAAAAUGUUGCUGGCUCCCAUCCUAGUUUAAGUUUUUAUGUGAAGCCUCAAAGUGAAUGCCCUGACUCUACAAUUUAAAAGUUCAAUCCAGAUGAAUAAACAUAGCACACAUCUUAAAUACCAAUUGCACAAGUGGUGACGAUUUACUGUGUUUUCAAUUAGAUGAAUGUAUUAUUAUUUCAGUCAAAAUACUAAAUUAAUAUUUGAUUUCACCAAGUUACUGGCAUGGAAGGAAAUUAGGUCAGUUGAUUUGUAAUUUAUUUUGCCCAAAGCAUCACUUUAAAAUGCUUUAAGAUCUAUUUAAGGCACAAGCUUAGAUGUUUUAAGCUUCUAUCAGUAGAUGUUAAACUCUCAACAUCUUUAAUUGUGCUUAGGACUUUGUUUCUGUGUAUUUCACUUUAUUUCUUGCUACCACUUUAAUUGAGCAACAAUCGACCAACACUGGCAGCGUUUCACUCUGCCUUUUAUGAGGGUCUUGGUGUUUACUUCAAGUGUUAAACACAGUAAACUUGCACCUAAAAUUUUUGCAGCUGUAUAGUUUAAACUCUGUUCCCCAAGUAAGCGUGUCUGGGUUUACAGAUUGGAGUUUAGCAGCGGGAAGGAACAAAAUUGGAAAUGAUCAACUUACUGAAUCACUUUUGAAAGUAUGAAAAUGCAAACAGCUACAUCACCAAACAGUGAAGAACUAACAUUUUCCUGUCUACAACUAGUGAUGCAUGAAUGCUUCUUAGAGUUAGCCAAUGGAUUUUGUUUUCUUAUCACUACAAAAGAAAAAUAUUUUCUCCACAGAUUUUUAAACAGUCAUGGGAAAUAUUUCAUCAAAUACAUACAAGAGAAAGCAUAAAAAAAACUGAUUUUUUUUGCUAACGGUUUGUAUUGGACUGUCUCCACCUCUGUCCUUGGAGGAAUUUUUUCCAAUUUUCAUUUCCAACAUGCUUUAUUUAAGUUAAUUGAGGUUUGUAGACAUUCCUUUCUGUAGGUUGAGGUCUGGGUUUUGACCGGGCCAUGACUAGAUUUUUGUUUUUUUUAGCCGUUCUGUUGUAGAUUUUCAGCCAUUGUCUAGAUUUUCUGAGACCAUUGCCAUGUUGAUGACCCAGUUUUGGCCAAGCUUCAGCUGUCGAACAGAUGGCCUCACAUCUGAGACUGGACUAUUUUGUUUUACAGAGAAGUUUCUGGUUGAAACAAUGAUCACAUAGAGUCCAGGUUGUUCUUGGAUUUCUCAAAACAUAUUGUGAAAAAGUUGUGGCUAAAAUCUCUUCUUGCAUUUUAUCUGUCCAAAGGAUAUUCUCUCAGACCUUUGGUGGUUCAUUAAGAUGCAACUUUCCACAUAUAAGUUGUGCAGCUACAUUGUUUGUCUAGAAAGAACAAUAUUUUAACUUGUCUAAACAAGCCAUAUUUGUUCAGUAUUUUUUCCAGUUGAUUUAUAAUGAAUUAUAACAUUCAAAGUGCUAACUGAGAGCUGCAGUGGAGGUGCUUAUAGGAGUGUUUUCAUUAUCUGUUUCUGGGUGUUUCUGUCUUUCUUAAUUCAUUUGAAACCAACAAAUGUGUUUCCCAAGACUAAAUGGAAACUAUAGGUAUCCUUUCAUUGAAGCCACAAAGUAGUGGAACUAAACAAGUGAUUUCCCUAAACACUACUAAAAAAAGACUAUAAAACUAUCUCAGUGAAAUCACUGCGGUGAAAAAAAUAGACUCUUUAACGCUCAAAAAUGAACUCAUUACGCAUUUAAAUCAAAUUCACCCUUUCCAAAGGCUUCUAAUCUUUGAAAUCACCAUAAGCGUUUCACAAAAUGAUGGGAAUGGUCUUAUUCCAAGGCAAUCCAUUAGAUUAUCCAUAAAUCAUUGUUUUUUGGUUGAUUUCUUCUAUCUUUCCAAAGGAACUGGAUAGCCUUGCUUGGGAGUUAUUGCUAACAGCCUGCUAUCUAAAAUAAUAUGUCCAAGUUACCAUGCUUCAUUACUAGCAUAAUAUAUUUUAUUCUGCCAUGUUUUUGCUCACCAUGAUCAUCGUUUCCAAUGACUGUCAGUUCUAACAAUUGUCUUUCCUCAACCUGUUAUUGCCUUCACUUGCUCUGUGUUUGUCUAAUUGUGUUUCAUUUCGAGCUUGUAUUGUACUGAGAUCUGUGGGUAAAAGUUGUUAAUUAAAAUUAAAAAAAAAAACUAAAUCUCAUCCAUCAAAAAAUUCCCCCAAAUAUAGAAAAUCCAACAUUGCACCACAUGUAGAAGAGGGUACUGUGUUUUUAAAACUGUAUUUAUUAUUAUUUUUCACAUUAUAACCACAAUCUUACAUGGAUUUUAUUAGACUUUUAUAUGAUAAACCAACUAAAAGUUGUUUUUGUGUUGGUUUGUCACAAUGUAUUGUGUUCCUUCUACAAUAAUAUGCUACUUUAUGUUGGCGUAUCUUAUAAAUUGCAAUAAAAUACAGUGAAGUUUGUGGUUCUAAUGUCACUAAAAGUGAAGGGGUUUAAGUG